ACAUGCCAUUUCUUUCUCAACUGUCUAUGUCAAGAUAUGUCUAACUGACUGUGUUUACUAGGAUAUUCGCCAAAACGCGCAUUUUGAUUUAAUUUUGUCUGUAUUUAUUCAUCCAUGCACAAAAAGUGGAAGAUUUAGUAUUCGCGCGGUCUAGACGCGGCCGUCUGUGUGCUAGCUUGCACUUCAGAUGUGUGCACUGAAAACUUUUCACACAGCGACUGUUCCACCAACAAUCCUGAGCGUCUUUUAUGCUUCACCUUGUGCCUUCGGGCAAGGGCAGUCCUUAUAUCGAGUCCUGAUACGCGAGUUUGAGUGAGAAUGCACGCCUUGGCGAUAAUGCAUAGACGGACAUUAUGUGAAAAUGUGGACAGUGCAAAAAAAGGUGCUUAUACUUUAUUUAUACUACAGAUAUUGAUAUUUUAUGUGUGGCAUCGAUGCAUCGUAUCGUCAGACAUCGUAUCGAUAUAUCGUUACACCCCUGAUUAAAAUAUUGUCUUGUUCUAGUGAAACAAGUAUCUGUAUUUUGUCUCAUCUCGUGAGCUAAGUGUAUUGUCACACACCCUAGUCUUGAUAAGUGGUCAUCUAGCUCAUAAUUUUCCAAGUGUAUGAUACAGCUUUCAUUCUUCAGGUCAAUCAUGUAUUCAUGAAAAAUAAAAUCAAUUUGAAUGAAGAAAGCAGUAACUUUGCCAUAGUAUCCUUUCAAAUGUUAAAGUUGUCACAGUCAUUGCAUGCUUUGCAUGUGCUGCUCCGCCCCCCAGAAAAAAGUUCAGGCUCAGAUUUUUUUUACAUUUUUUUUUGGCUUUAAUCCCUGUAAAUAUUCCCAAGGAUAUAAACAAUUUAGAAAUGCUUAAUUAUGGCUUAAUUAUUUAAUAAAAAAGAAAUCAGUGGAUUGGUUUGAGAUUAUUCUGUGACUGUAUUGAAAUGGGGUUCAUAUGAUUCUGAUUUUAAACCAAAUACUUUAGGGCCUGGUUUCACAGACAGGGCUUAGACUAAACCAGGACUAGGCAAUAGUUCAAUUAUGACAUUUAAGUAAUUUUUAUUUACGUGCCUUAGAAAAAAAACAUUACUGUUGUGCAUUUUGAGACAAAACAGAUGCACUGAUAUAUUUUAAGAUCAGUCAGUGCAAGUUUCUUCCAGUUAAAACUGCUCAGACUUACACUUCAGUCUGGGACUAGGCUUAAGCCUUGUCUGUGGAACUGGGAGAAUAUGUGCUUUUUAAAGUAUGGGCUGAGAAAGGGAUCACUGCUUACUGUGCAAUCACAGAUAAAGGACAAUUAUUAGACUUUGAAUCUUUCUUUUAGAGAAUUAGUCUAGAUUACAAGGAUUUCUUCAGAUAUCUUCAUCUCCAACAACAUUUCUAUCAGAAAAUUAAAAAAGGGACUGAUGGAGAUCCAAAUAAGAGUGCUCUAGUUAAAAUACAAGGCUGAACCAAUGUUAAAGACUGUUACUAAACUAUAUAGAGCAUUGAGAGAAUUUCUCUCUGGCACAUUAAGGAGAAAUGGGAAAAAGAAAGUGGUAUUACUGUCUCAACUGAGGACUAGAAAAAUAUAUGAACAACCUCCCAUUCUUUAUAUUGGAGAGAAUUUUGCUGGAGUAAUACUGUUGUUGUUUUUUUUCUUACUCCAAAACAGAAAAAUAAAUUUUUAGGCUACUAAAAGUCUUGGAGACAUUGUGACUAACAGGAUGCUAACCAUUUUCACAUAUUUUGGGGAUAUCCUAAUAUCAGAAGCUUUUGGAAAGAUAUGCAGAACGUAUUGAAGCACCUCAGUUGAUUUCAGUUUUGAGGUACUUUACAUGAGCAAUGUGUCAAUGGUUUCCUGGGAAGGGAAGGUAAUGCACCAAUAAGUUGUUUGCCAACCGCCAGUAAACCCUAGAAGAAGAAGAAGACUUUUAUUUUGCUUGACCAUGUGACGUCAUAAGGCUGCGCUUCUGCUGAAGAAAGGUGUGUUAUCCCGCUUAUUCCUGGUCAUUUGCCAAGUUAUGGUCGAGUUAAAACUAGUAAUGCGCUUUCUAGCGCAAUAUUUGACCGGAAGGGUAAAAAUGACAGUUAUUUGAAUGAAUUAUAGCGUUUGUUUAAAUGAAUUAUCGAUGGAGAAAGAGAGAGAUGACCGUUGUGUGUGCGUUACCUGCGUCUGCGCGUCUCUCUACAAACAAUUCAUACAAAAACAUAGAUGUUACACCUCGUUGAUAACGAAUAUAAUGUAGCGAUCUAGUAUCUAGGCUAUUUUGUUAAUAAAAAUCACGGGGCAGCGUUGACAAGUUUAUGUGCGAUCUCCGACUCUCUCUCUCUCUCUCUCUGUGUGUGCAUCAGUUAAAGCAGCGCAUUAAUAAUAAACGGAGUCGGAACUACUUUACAUUAAACGGUUUUACUGCAUACUGCUUCUGUUCUGAAUCACUCUCAAAGUCUUCUGCUCAAAACAAAGAGAACAAACAAACACAAGCAUGUGUAACGACAACUUUUACAGACCAACUGAAGAUGUUUUCAGCAUCAAACCAAAUAUAAAUCUUAAUACAGAUGUAAAACUUGUAAUGUUAUUUGUGUCCUUUUAAUAAUUUGAGCGCUAGUUUUGGGUGUGUUUUCUCUUGGCUGAUUGAGACGCACCCAAAGAUUUAGUUUCGAUUUAUAUUUCUCUCUGUCUUAUAUUAAACAGAUGAAUUGUUCAAACACACAGAAAAACUGAGGUUCACGUGACACACUGUUAUAAAGAUGGAGUUUAUUAAAGAGGAGAGUGAAGACCUGAAGAUUGAAGAAGCAUUCAGAGUUAAAGAAGAAGAUACUGAGGAACAAACAAAGAUGGAGUUUAUUAAAGAGGAGAGUGAAGAAACAUUCAAACAUGAAGAUACUGAGGAACAAACAGACCUGAUGCUGCUGAAAAAGGAGAGUCAAGAACUGAAUGAAACGAAAGACAAAGUUCAGUAUGAGAAACAUCAUGAUUUCAUACCUGGAGAGAAUUUUAGUUCCUCACAGACUAAAAAGACCUUACACAAAAGAGCUCAAAAGAGAGGAGCUAUAAGUAAUUUCAACUGCCAGUAUUGUGGAAAGAGUUUCAAUAAAAAAGGAAACCUUGUAGUCCAUAUUAGGAUUCACACAGGAGAAAAGCCUUACGCCUGCCAACAAUGUGGAAAAAGUUUCUCUAAAAAAGAACACCUUGAAUACCACAAGAGAAUUCACACUGGAGAGAAACCUUACACCUGCCAACAGUGUGGAAGAAGUUUCUCUAUAAAAGGAAACCUUGAAUACCACAAGAGAAUUCACACUGGAGAGAAACCUUACACUUGCCCACAAUGUGGAAUACGUUUCAGUAAAAAAACAGCUUUUCGAAGGCACAUAAGAAUUCACACGGGAGAGAAGCCUUACACCUGCCAACAGUGUGGAAGAAGUUUCGUUAAAAAAACAGUCUUUCAAAGGCACAUGCAAAUUCAUACUGGAGACAAGCCUUACAGAUGCAAACUGUGUGGAAACAGUUUCAUUCAAAAAGGAGACCUUGAAAUCCACACGAGAAUCCACACCGGAGAGAAGCCUUUCACAUGCACUCACUGUGGAAGGAGUUUUACACGUAAACAAACUCUUAAUGCCCACAUAAGAAUUCACACAGGAGAGAAGCCUUACACCUGCCAACAGUGUGGAAGAAGUUUCUCUUUAAAAGGAAACCUUGAAUACCACAAGAGAAUUCACACUGGAGAGAAACCUUACACUUGCCCACAAUGUGGAAAACGUUUCAGUAAAAAAACAGCUUUUCAAAUGCACAUAAGAAUUCACACGGGAGAGAAGCCUUACAACUGCCAACAGUGUGGAAAGAGUUUCUCUCAACACGGAAGCCUCAAAGGCCACAUGAGAAUUCACACUGGAUAGAAACCUUUGAGCCAGAGAAGGAUUCACAAGCUAGAAGAAUUUUAUGUUAUCAGUGCGGUAGGUAUUUCACAGACAGGAAACACCACAACAAUCAUGUAAUAACUCACAUCGUAGUAAAGGAUUCAUUGUGCCAUCACUGUGGAAAAAUAGACAGAGCAAACCUUGAAAUUCACUUGAGAAUUUACAGUGAAGAGAAGCCUUUCACAUGCCGUCACUGAGGAAAAAAGUUACAGAUCCAAAGAAAUCUUAAUACUCACGAGGCAUCGCACUGAAGAAAAUGUUUACGUUUACUACAUUAAAGGGUUUGUUCAAUUGCCCAAGGCAUCCUAGGUGUAUAUAACAUUUUUCUUUCAGAUGAAUUCAGAGUUAUAUUAAAAAUGUGCUGGCUCUUCCAAGCUUUAUUUUGUGGGUGAGUGUUUCUGUUCAACAGUCCAAAAGAAGUC